AGCAGUGGCAUCACAAGUUGUUGUUGAAGUUAUUUAAAAAUGGCGGUUCACAUACACGGAGUGCUUGAAACUAAUGUCAAAGAACUUAUUCAUUCCAGUAAAAUAUUAGUUGUUGGGGCCGGCGGAAUUGGUUGUGAACUAUUGAAAAAUUUAGUAUUAACUGGUUUUGAGGUCCUAUAUGUGAUUGAUCUGGAUACUAUUGAAUUAAGUAACUUGAACAGGCAAUUUUUAUUUCACAAGCAACAUAUUGGGAGACCAAAAGCUGUGGUUGCCAAAGAAAGUGUUCUGAAAUUUAACCCUAAAGCCAAUAUUACUGCUUAUCAUGAUUCAAUAACCAAGUCUGAAUAUGAUGUUGAUUUCUUUCGCCAGUUUUCAGCUGUUGCAAAUGCAUUGGAUAAUGUUGCCGCACGCAGUCACGUCAAUCGAAUGUGUUUGGCUGCUGGUGUACCUCUUAUUGAAAGUGGAACUGCAGGUUACGUUGGUCAAGUAACUGUUUAUAAGAAAGGUAUUUCAGAAUGUUUUGAGUGCUUACCAAGGAAGCCUCAAAAAUCUUAUCCUGGAUGUACUAUUAGGAAUACACCGUCUGAACCUGUACAUUGUAUUGUAUGGGCGAAACAUCUUUUCAAUCAGCUCUUUGGAGAAUCAGAUGCAGAUGAAGAAGUAUCUCCCGAUAUGGCUGAUCCUGAAUUAGGUACAGCUCCACAAAUAGACGGAAAUGUCCAUCGCGUUUCAACUAGGGAAUGGGCAAAAGAAUCUAAUUAUGAUCCAAUUAUGAUUUUCAAGAAGCUUUUUGGACAGGAUAUUGACUACUUAAAUAGCAUGGAUAAUCUAUGGAAAGAAAGAAAAAGACCACAACGUUUGGAAUAUGAUAAUUUACCUGAUGCUGUUGCUAGCUCGAGUAAAAUGGAAGAGGCCCAAAUAAAAGAUCAAAUGGUUUGGAGCAUUAAGCAAUGUGGAGAAAUGUUUUGCAAGAGCUUAACAGCGUUGAAAGAUAAAUUAGAAGCAUCUGGUACUGAUAAUAUUUUGAUUUGGGAUAAGGAUGAUGAUGAUAGCAUGGAUUUCAUUGCAUCAUGUGCUAAUUUACGUUCCUAUUGCUUUAGCAUACCUCAGAAAAGCAGGUUCGAUGUGAAAGCUAUUGCUGGAAACAUUAUCCCCGCUAUUGCAACUACAAAUGCAGUUAUUGGAGGCUUGAUUGUUCUACAAAUUAUUAAAGUCUUGAAAGGAGAUUUUACAAAAUGUAAAAAUGCAUGGCUCAAGGAAUCUGGUAUUGGCGGAAAAAUUUUGCCCUCUUCUCAGUUGGAAAAACCUAAUCCUAAUUGUCUGGUGUGCUCUUCGAAAACACCCGAAGUUAUUGUAAAGUUAAAUGUGGAAACUCUCACCAUUCGUACUUUGAAUGACAAGGUUUUGAAAGAAAAAUUACUCAUGGCACAACCAGAUGUUGUAAUAAAUGAUGGAUCAGGAAAAAUUCUUAUUUCGAGUGAUCCAGAAGAUAUGGAAGAUGCUAUGCUGGAUAAAGUCCUGUCAGAUUUUGGUCUUGCUCCCUCUAGUAGAUUACAAUGUGAAGACUUUCUGCAGCAUUAUAAUGUUCUUCUCAUUUUAGCUUCAGACCCAGAUCUCAAAGAUCAGGAAUUUGAAAUCGAAACAAAUGUAGAUGACCUUUUACAGCAGCAAAAAGAAGCUGGAGAGAGUACAAAGGAAGAAAAGAAAACUGAAACUCAUACAGAAGAGAUAAAUGAAACAAAUGAAAAGAAUGAUAUGGAAAUUGUGGAAGAAGAUGAUUUGGAAAUUAUUGAACCAGAAGAAAUCCAAACUCUGUAUAAGAAAUCUAUUUCAGAUUCAAAGCGAAAGCUUAGCGAUGAUGAAAAUGGUUUUGAGCUUAAUCAUAGCAAGAGAAAAAAGAUUGAAGAUAUCUGAAAAAUGUGUUAAUUGUAAAUGUUAUUAACUGUGUAUAUCCUUUUCAUAUCAUUUUCUCAUUGUGUGAAAAAAAAAAAACAUUUUUUUACAAUUUAUAUUGGUAAAGUGAAAACCAUCAUUAUUUUUUUUUUUUAACAUCAUUAUUGUCUUUAAAGUUUUUCAUUAAAAUGUUUCAAAA